ACUGGAAUCAUGUACAUAGUUGUGAAACCUAAUCGUAUCUGUUUAAAAGUGUUCACGUCAACGACUACGUGAGUAUACCAUGGCCGAGACAGAGUUUGCAGACUCCCAAAUAAUUGUAGAAAAUGUGGGCUUCUUGGACAAUUGUUUUGAUUUCUCGUUCCAAAUUCAGAACACCUUAGAAGUCGUCCAAGAGUAUGUUUCAGAGGAGGAGAAGAAACCAAAGCAUAUACGAGAUAAUUUAAAUAAGAAAGUAAACAGUACCGUGCGAAAUUCUUCAGCUAUCAUUGAUGCUAGUAUAUACAAUGAAACUAAAAUAACACACUCUUCUCAAUCCCAAAAGCAGCUAAUGAACAAAAACCUUAAAGAGUGGGGUUUGCCGUCAGAAAUUGCUAAGAAAUAUGAACAAAAAGGUAUUACUGAGAUGUUUGAAUGGCAGGUAACAUGUUUAGGUAAUGCUAAAGUUCUUUUGGAUUGUUGUAACCUCGUGUAUUCGGCGCCGACGUCAGCGGGGAAGACUCUCGUGGCGGAGAUACUGACCAUCAAAACUGUUCUGGAAAGACAAAAGAAGGUAAUCAUUAUCCUACCGUUUGUAUCCAUAGUGAGAGAAAAAAUGUUUUAUUUACAAGAUAUAUUAUCCAGCUCUGGGAUAAGAGUGGAAGGUUUUAUGGGAUCACAGUCGCCUCCAGGCGGGCUUCAAGCGGUCCAUGUUGCUAUUUGUACUAUAGAAAAAGCAAAUAGUUUGAUCAACCGGUUACUAGAUGAUGGCAACAUUUCAGACUUGGGCGCUGUGAUCGUUGAUGAACUGCAUCUGCUAGGAGAUCCUCACAGAGGCUACAUAUUGGAGCUUCUUCUGACAAAAGUUAAAUAUGUUACAUCAAAGAUGGAGGGUGUGCAGAUUCAAAUUGUUGGCAUGUCCGCUACAUUACCCAAUCUAGAAGUGCUGGCAACCUGGCUUGAUGCAGAAUUAUUUGUCACUCAAUUCAGGCCAAUUCCAUUGGACGAAUUUUGUCUAGUCAAUAAUAAAUAUUAUGACAAACAGGGAAAUUUUGUAAGCACUAUAAAAUAUUCUACCUCUGUUGCUGAAUCAGACAAUGUCUUGAAAAUUUGCCUAGAAACAAUUAAGGAAGGAUGUUCUGUCCUAAUUUUCUGCAUGACUAAGAACAGGUGUGAGAACUUGGCUCAAAAUAUUGCAUCAUCCUUUUUCAAACUUGGGUGUUCAGGGAAUGAAAUUGGUGUUAUACUGAGACACCAAUUAAAGACUGAAAAUAUAGCUGAAGUGUUAGAACAACUGAAAAAUUGCCCAGUAGGACUAGACCAAGUACUUAAGAAUACAAUAUCAUUUGGUGUUGCCUAUCACCAUGCAGGACUAACUUUUGAUGAGAGAGACAUCAUAGAAGGAGCAUUCAAGUCUGGGGCGAUACGCGUCUUGGUGGCUACUUCCACUUUAAGUUCUGGAGUCAAUCUACCUGCUAGGAAAGUUAUUAUAAGGACCCCAGUAUUCCAAAGGCAACCAAUUAAUAUAUUAACUUAUAAACAAAUGAUUGGGAGAGCUGGCAGAAUGGGUAGAGACACUAAAGGAGAGAGUAUAUUGGUGUGCACUGAGAAUGAAAAGAAAAUUGGUUUUGAAUUGAUGAUGGGAGCAUUAGACCCUGUGGAGAGUUGCAUUGAAAGCGAAGACAAGUACAUGAGAGCCAUACUAGAAAUGAUAGCCAGUCAAGUUGCUUGUACGAAAGCUGAAUUAGACUUAUAUUCACAGUGUACCUUGCUUUAUACUCAACAGAGAAUAACUCCAUCACAAAACAUACUUUUGCAAAACACUUUAGAGGAAUUAAAGAAGUUUGAACUAGUGAGACUUCAAAAUGAAGGGGAUGACAUUCUGUAUGUAGCUACACCAUUGGGGAAAGCUUGUUUGUCUUCAUCAAUGGCCCCUAAUGAUGGCUUAUCUUUAUUCUGUGAGCUGCAGAAGGCUCGGCAAUGUCUUGUAUUGGAGACUGACUUGCACUUGAUUUACUUGGUGACUCCAUACAGUGUCAGCAGCCAGUGGGCGGAUAUUGACUGGUUGCAUUUGCUGACAUUGUGGGAAUCAUUGACGAAAGCCAUGAAGAGAGUUGGAGAGUUGGUGGGAGUGCAGGAGAGCUUUAUAAUAAGGUGCUUGAGAGGGGGAAAUAAAUCCAACAAUGCCUACAAUAAAUUAAAUAUUCAUAAAAGGUUCUACACGGCCCUGGCGCUGCAAGACUUGGUAAAUGAGGUGCCACUGUCCGAGGUGGCCAGCAAGUUUCAGUGCGCGCGGGGAUUCUUGCAGAGUCUGCAGCAGUCGGCCGCUACGUUUGCAGGAAUGGUAACAGCGUUUUGCCAUCAACUUGGAUGGAAAAAUAUGGAAAUGCUCAUUUCACAAUUCCAAGAUCGCUUACAUUUUGGCAUACACUCAGAGUUACUGGAGCUAAUGAAGUUACCUUCUUUAAACGGCAUGCGAGCCAGGAGUCUUUUCGAUGCUGGCUUUGAAACUAUAACAAGUAUUGCUACAGCAGAACCUAAUGUUAUAGAAAAUGCACUUUAUAAAGCUCUGCCGUUUCAAAGUGAGAAGGAAAGAGAAGGCGACGACAGCGAUGAUACAAGGAAACGUAAUAAAAUGAAGAAUAUUUGGAUAACCGGCUGUUGUGGAAUGACUACAAUGGAAGCAGCUGAAAACCUUAUUUCAGAAGCUAGAAGAUUUUUAGAACAUGACAUAGGCGGAGCAAUCAAAUGGGAACAUAAAAAUGCUAACACAAAUACUGAUCAUAACAAAAGUUCCACGCAACAUACAGAUGUUUACAACAAAGAAAUUGAAACUAAUAAAUCUACAGCUUCAGAGGUUAGUUUACAAUUGAAUGUUAAUAAAACCACAAAGAAUGAGACCACCGUCGAAAAUGACAACGCAGAAGAAAUCAAUAAAUCCAAAACAGACACCUCGACUAAGAUAACAGAAGACGAUAUUGAUAGUGAUUGUUUACUUGAUAGCCCAGCGAGUGGCAACUUGUAUCUGUCAGCUAAAAGUAAAUCAGACAUCACAAUAAGUAAUAGAAAUAAUGUCACUAGUAUAAACAAAUCGAAGAGUAUGAAUUCUGCAAUCUAUACGCAAAAUAAAUUGAGUAAUGACGUAAAAGAUGCGAAAAAAGAAAGCGCUGCAGUCAAAUCUAGUCCAAUAAUUAGUGAUCUAGUCAGUAGUUAUAAAAUAAAUCAAGAUGAUGAUAUUAUUUGGGAUACAAUGAAUUUUACUGAUAUACCAAUUGAGAACAUUACAAAAUUACGCACAUCUGAGAAAAUGUUUUCUCCGGAUAUAAGUUUUGGAGAAACAGAAGAUAAACUAGAGAAAGCAAAUACGGAAUUACUAUCUAGUAAAGGCACUCCUAAAAAUAAUAGCUUGUUUUCUGAUGGCGAUAAUUCAAAUCUCUUUGAAGAGAGUUUACCCCUUGAUACAAUACCUACAAAACUAAUUGAAGAUUGCGAUGUAGUGGAUCAAACACCCAAAAUAGACAUCCAAGAUGAAACUUUAAAUCAUGUUCAAAUAAAUACAGAAUCAAUGUUAAAUGCGUUUAAAUCUACUAUAAUAGACGUCGAAGACGACGAAAAUAUUAAAUUAAUUUACGAAGAAGAUAAAAUGUGUAACGAUGUAAACGACGACGUUAUUGGAAAUACACAAAAUGUUGAAGAAACGUGUGUUAAAAAUCAUUUCAUCAGCCCUUUAAAACGCAACGCGGAUAACGCUAACGAGAAGAAUCCCGGUCGUCAGCCUGCCAAGAAAUUGAAAAUGGGACAUCAACUACAAGAAACUUCGACAAUAGAUCAAAAGCAAAAUCAGUCCUGCAUUUGUCGAAAUAAGUUUAGCAUACAAAUCAAAGACACCAACUUAAAAUGCGCUGUAUUGAAAGGGAGAGACAUUAACUUGAACCUUCAUAUUAUCGAAAAAGUUGCAAAUGCAGCUAUAUUUUUUGACACUAAUAACAAAACAUUACUUUCGAAUGAACCAAUAGGAAGCAAUAUAGUAAGAAAUCAGCCUAAACUAACAAUCAAACACACAGAAGAGAAACAAGCUGAAAUACCAUUAAUAAAAAGUAUAGCCAUAUGUACUGAUGAAGAUAAUUGUAUUUUUAUAGAUGUGAACUCUUUGAAUGGCGAUUAUUCACUUUUGAGGAAUAAAUUACGCAAUUGGUUUCUCAAAAUAGAGUUACAUUUGAAGGCGCUAUGUUUGAAAAAUACUUAUAAAUAUGUGAAGCAGUUUUUUGACGCGGAUAUAGCAGGAUCGUGUACAGAUGUCUCUUUAUCCGAAUGGUUGAUCGACAGUGACGAGAAGAUCUCAAGCAUCGCCUUUUUGAUGAAAAAAUACUGCGAACUGGAUUUGUCAACGACGUCCUUUAGGAUUGGCAAUCGAGUAAAGAAAUUCAAAAAUUUGGACGCGAUUGAAGAAAUGUGUGUCAAAGCGUGGUGUGUGCGAAGGAUCGCCUGCAUUCAAAGUUCACAUUUGCUAAAAUUAUAUCAUAAUAUACAAAAUAUUAUAGACAUCGAGCUUCAAAUCGCUAAGAUCCUGGCGAGCUGCGAGUAUUACGGAGUGACUGUGGACAAGGCGCUCGCCUCACGCCUACUGAUCGACGUGAAAAACUCGCAAGAAGCCCUGCAGAAGAAGGCUUAUCAAUUAUGCGGGUAUCAUUUCAACUUCAAUUCCUCGAAGGAUGUUGCUAAGGUGCUAGGUAUAUACAGGGGGCGUAAAGUGAGUACGAAAAAGAGCGUGUUAUGUUCGCACAACAGCCCUGUUUCGAGUAUAGUCAUCUACUGGAGAAAGCUGAAUAGUAUCCUAACUAAGACGCUAUAUCCUUUGACGGAGCGGGCUUGCAUUUACAGCGAAGGGAACAGGAUAACUCCGUCAUACACCAUGCACACCUGCUCAGGAAGGAUCAGCAUGCACGAGCCAAACCUCCAAAGCGUGCCGAGAACCUUCACGAUACCGUUGUCAUACCUCUCCGACGAGUCGACCGAAGAGAUAGUGGAGUUCAACUGCCGAAACAUCUUCCGCGCCUCCCCGGGCCACGUGCUGGUGUCAGCGGAUUACUGCCAGCUGGAGCUCAGGAUCCUGACGCACUACUGCCAGGAUCAGGUGCUGGUCGGCAUCAUGCGGGCCGGCGUGGACGUGUUCCGCGCCGUCGCGGCCAGCUGGGGACAGGUGGCUGAGGAACAGGUGGAUGACGACCUCCGUCAAAAAGCCAAACAGCUCUGCUACGGCAUCAUCUACGGCAUGGGAAACAAAACACUCUCGCAAACGCUAGACGUGAGCGAGAUGGAAGCUGCCGUCUUCAUGGACUCCUUCCACAAAACUUAUCCGGCUAUUAAGGUGUAUACGCAGAGAGUUGUGGAAGACUGUAAGAGGAAUGGAUACAUUGAGACGCUUAAAAAGAGGAGGAGAUACCUGCCUGAUAUUAAUAGUGGAGUGGCUUCUAAGAGAAGUGCGGCCGAGCGCCAAGCGAUCAACACCACCAUCCAAGGAUCAGCGGCAGACAUCGCCAAAUCCGCCAUGUGUGCCAUCGACACAAGAACAUCCACGCACACACAUAAACCUCGCCUCAUACUACAAAUGCACGACGAACUUAUAUACGAAGUGCCUGAGACUAGUAAAGCUUGGUUUGAAAAGGUUCUUAAAGAGGUUAUGGAGAAUAGUGUGACGCUAAGAGUACCGCUGCCUGUUAAAGUGAAGAGUGGUUACACUUGGGGUACAUUGGAAGAAAUUAAAGUAUGAUAGUCGCAGUCAAAUCCUUCAUGUGUGCCAUCGACUAAACAAGAUCCACGCACACACACAAACCUCGCAUCAUACUGCAAAUGCACGACGAACUCAUAUACGAAGUGCCUGAGUCUAGUGAACUUUGGUUUGAAAAGGUUUUGAAAGAGAUUAUGGAGAAUAGUGUGACGCUACUCUUAGCGUCCUACCGCUGCCUGUUAACGUGAAGAGUGGUUACACUUGGGGCACUUUGGAUGAAAUUAAAUUAUAAACAGCGAUGAGACUUAUAGAAGUGAAUUCCAUGUGGAUUUGAAUAUUAUACAGGCUUUAUAGCAAUUUAUACUGAUGGUAAAAUAGAAGAAGUCCUUCAAAAACUAUGUCUUAUGCUUGUAAUGCUACGAAUGCGCAACGAAAUCGAAGGCAAAGUCUUAGAGAAGAGAUAAAGUGACAGAGAUCUUUGUCAUAGUUGUAUGUAAAGAUAACUAGUACUAAAGAAAUUUUUGAAUGUAAACAAUCAAGAAUAGUGUUGAAAUGUGAUAUAUUUAUUAGUCGCAGUUUGGUCGCCUUAACCUUCAGGUGAGUGACAUUUUCGUCAUCUAAGUGACUUGCUGCGUAUAAUAGUGCUUAAUAGAGCGAUAUUUACUAUUGAUUUUGUCUAUAAAUUUAUGCAUUAAUGAUGUAA